AUGGAACCAGGAGGCGUCAUUCGAACAGUUGGGAACCCAGUCCCUGACGGUAACAUUGUGAUGGACCAUGCUUUUGAGAUAGCAGAACUGCCUGUUAAGUUGGAGUUGAGAUACGUCAUAGAAUCAAAACGCGCUGCCAAUGGACUCGACUGUCCGAAGAUCGACCAUAACUCCAAAGAUUCCAAGAACCAACAAGUAUUUCCCAUUAUUUAUUAUUUUUAUUUAUAGGACCUGAUAUAUAAGGCAGCUUUUGACGAUAAGCCAAGAGCUUUAAGUUCAAGCGCAUAGCAGAAGGUGUGACCAAAAUUGACGGAGUGAUUGGUUUGUGAAAUUCUGACAACUUUAACUGGGACCCAAUAUUUGCCCUCGAGUAAUGUUAAACAGUGGGGCCGGCACAACGCACCAGACUGUUGCAGGCGAGGUAGAUUAAAUUGGAAAAAAUGAACAAUCAGUUUACAAACUAAAAUGAAAUAUCAGACUCAGAAAAUAUUGUCCAAUGGAAUCUUAGGAUUACUUUUGAGUUGUCAAAACUUUUGCCAACGGAAAAUUGAGUCAAUUUCAGGAUUCUUUUAUUAGAUUUAUAUUUAUCCUGACAUCUAAGGCAAUAAUUCUCACAUAGUUAUACUGCUGUGACAAAACAUCAUUCACGGAUAGCAGUCGUCAAUUAUCAGUCCAAAGUAACAAUCUUUGUUAAGCUAAGAAACCAUUGAGCAUCGCGUUUUGAAGCUUGUUUAGGCAAACCCUUUUUGUGAGUGACUUCUGUAGAAGACAGAAACCUUUCGAAGAUUAUGAAGUUUAUUACUUGACUACGCUAUUUGAUAUUUUUAAUCUCUGUCCCAGUCAGAUGCCAUAAAUAAAAUAUUUUGUGUCUUGCUCACCUCAGUCCCUUUUCCCGCGCUCGCGGCCGUUCAGUUGUCUAUUCUUUGAGUCCUCAUUGGUUGCCUAACAUACAUAUCUUUGGUCUGAUUGGCUGUUGCAGUUACUUUGGUUUUCACUCCAGAAUGAUCUUUCUUUAUAUGAGAGGAUGCACUGCAAAACCAGUUUCCUUGCGAAGUUUUAAUUCUAAGCUCUUGCGAUGAGACGAAUCUGGACGUAGGGCUUCACUUAUCCUUCUUCAACAAAACUGAAAAAAACCCAGGUUUCCAUGCCUUUUCUACGUAUGCGUGUCACUUUUCAAUAACAGAUUUUUCUUUUUGAAAAUUGAAACCAGAAUCUGAUGGCGGGAAACUCGUCAGUAGUCACGUCAGUGGUCAGGUGUACGUUCUUGUCCGCGGGAAAAAAAAUCACGUGUUUCUAUAAUAAGUGCAUUGUCUGAUACAAGUUGUUGUAGAUUGACUGGAAAUGAAUCACCUCAUGAGCUUUUUCAACCAAAUCCACAUUGACAAGGGAAAAAACUCACAAGCUUGACUUAAAUAGCUGAAGGCGAAUUGCGAUUAAUUAAAAUAAUCUGAGUGAAGGGGGUAAGUUUCUAAAGAAAAAGUGGUGCUUCGUCGGUGGGAGAGUAUAACAAGGUAAUUUGGUAUUAUCAACUCAGUUGAUAAUAAUUAGCGAUACGUCGCUCUGACGAAGGGCUAACGCUUGAAACGCCAGCUUUGAAACUCUUUACGGCGGCGAAUUUACGAUAUAAACUCAGUUGAUGAUACCAAAUUACCCUUAAAUAAUCUGAGGAUUAUUUGAUCAACUUGUAUGCGGUUUCCGAUUCAUAAGAAAGACGCACAUCAACAAUAUUUAACGCACUUUCGACAAUUUUUGGCUACAUACCACAAUAUUUCUACGGUUGCGAAUGUGAAAUACCUUCAUAUUAGCGCUGGUUUUCGAAGGUAAUUGAUUCGGCGAUUAUUUCCGAGAAAACUAGAGGCUAUUCGAAUAUAAUUUAUUACUCACAAAAUCCUUCUAUCAUCAUGUAACGUAAACAAGACCAUUUGAGAAUACUUCAUUGGGACGCUUCUCAUUUCGCUCUAUACAACGUAGCUUUGAGUAAAGAUCGUUUUGAUUCAGCAAAACCAACCAUCUACUUAAUUAUCACGCCAAAGAGAGUUUUUUUAUCACGCUCGAGUGACUGCAAACAAUAAAAACACGGGAAGGCCUUUGUUCAGCAGUUUGCACCUGUUUCCAAAAUUAUCAGCGUUUGAAUGUUUGCAUAGUUUGCACCAAUUGCUCUUGACGGGUGGUAUGGGGGGGAUUGGUACCUGUCAUUCAAUAAUGACAUUUCCCUUUCAUCAUCUCAAACUUCCAUUGACUACAGACCAUCAAAUGGAAGAUGAAAUGCAAAACUGGCCUCUAGCUUGCAAAGAAGCCUUGUUUUAUGGGAAAGAUCAUUUUAAUCAAGCUUAUAACGGUAUUAACUAUGCUAUGAAAUUGCAAUACCUCAGUUAGGUGAUUCAUUGUAGCAGGUAACUCCCUCCCCCGGAAAACAACCUGUCAUGAUCUUUUCAUUACCUAUGUUUAUGUAAGAAGUGGUUAUCUGAUUUCUCGUCAGUUUUCUCAAAAAGGUGAAUGAAGUGAUUUGAAUUUCCUGACUGUGUUUGUCAUUUUUCAUUAGUUGUUCCUCUUUGUUCCUCUACAUAUGUUCGUUCGGGAUUCUUUAUCUCCUCUUAUGCAGCUUACGCCAGAAGAAGAGCAGAGAAGAAAGCUUCGGAGGGAGCGAAACAAGGUCGCUGCUUCGAAAUGUCGAAUGAAGCGGAAAGAACAUGUUAAUACCUUGAGACAGGUGAGCUUCUCUUGGAUCUCUGAUUAUCAACUUAGUCAUAUUUUGGGGAAAUGAUUAUAACGAGUCUAAAUUUGAACUGCAAGAAGACACACAAUUUUCCAGUUCUUUAUGGGAACAGCUGUCCUAAUUCCACGAUUUUUGCAUGAAGAGCUUGUAUCUAAUUUACUCUUUUGGUCAGAAGGCGUUUGAGCGCAAUAAUGAUUGUAAAAGUUAGAAAAAACAAAGUCAAAGACAUUAUUUACUUUUUGGUCCACGUGACCCCAGGUACACACGUGUAUAACGAACCUCAUCCGUCUCCCAUAAUACUCCGGGGUGCAUGGACUUUGACCUAGAGGAAUAUGCAAUUAGGAUAGGUUUCCUGAAUUUAUGCCUGUUAGUGGUAUUUCGUGUCUCAGUCCUUAUUGCAGUUUUAUCAAAUUAACAAAUACUAAUUGUUCAAUUCCUACUGAAGCAGAUUGAUAGUCGGGCAACCUUUCAGUGAAUCUAGGCUCUUUGGGUUGAUGGGAUAACACUUUAUUACCGAAAAAAAAGGUUUUAACGAAAUAAUGUAAUCUCGAACUGCAAUUGUAAAAGAAAAGGAGCUUAAAUUUCUAACUGAAGCUUUCCGCCUAAUACAGGUUUCAUGUGACAAAAUACUUAGUUUGAGUGUCCACUUAAUGGAGGUGUUAAAAGUUAGAUGAAGAGAACUUCUUUGCAUUUAAUAAGGGGAGAAAAAUCGGGAUUUUGGCCAAUGUCUGUAUAACACAGGGUCUCCAUUGAAUAUGGGAUCCUUUAAUAGAAAAUUAUUUCACGAGUUCGCGUUGGAAGUGAGAUGAUAGAUAGCCAACGGCUGUUGGCUAUAAUCAUCUCAUUUCCAACAAGCGCGGGUAGAAUAGUUUUUUUUUAUUAUUAAAAAACGCCUAAAAAUAUAGAUAAACAAAUACAUGAUUUAGAUAAGUUUUUAUCCGUUUUAAUUUUGAGCUGAUGCGUACACUUUCCACACUUGUAGAGCAUGGUUUUAUGGCUCAUAAUCCAUGAUGGCUAUGCCAAUGAAAACUCGUGAAUUUCAUUAUCCAAAGAUGCAGUUUUCAAUAAUACAGGUAUCACCGUAAAAGAACUUCCCGGAUAAUUUUCACCAAAGGACCGCAUGUUUGAAAAAGAUCUAUUUCAACUGCAGCUUAUAUCCACGGACAUUUUUGGCUGGAAUGUAUGUGUUUCUCUUUGUAGUAAGCUGACAAAAAAGCUUACUAAACGAGCUCGAAUCGGGUUUGGUCAUUAUCACUGAUUUUUCUAUUUUGGAGGGAUUCUGAUUUAAUAUAAUUGGUUUCGUCUGUAGGCCUCUGAGGAACUAGAAUCAGCCAAUAGUCAGCUUGAAGCGGAGAUCGCAUACCUCACAGCAGAGCGUGAUCAACUCGAAAUGAUGCUUGACGCGCAUGUCUGUAACAUGGAGAAAGCCGUUGGUCGCGGGCCUGCCUAA